AUGACUAUUCGUUGUGCUACUCGUGCUACUUACCUCUACAAGGGCACCAAAUUUAAAUCCCUGAUGGAGAACAUCAUUGGCGAGACCUAUUUGGGAAUAAAAAUCUUCAGAUUCUAUCUCAACUGCACUAAUUGCUCUGCCCAAAUUACCUAUAAGACUAAUCCUAAAGAUUCAGAUUAUAUUGUCGAGUCUGGUGCAAUUUGGGCGGAUAAACAAAAAGAAAUUAUAGGUGGUGAUGCAAUCAAGUCAGUGGAAAAUAGAAACCUGGAAUCGGAGAGAGUAAUGGAUAUUGUAGUUGCUUCACAUGAAUUGAAACAAUUGAAGUCAAGACAAGCAAAUUUGAAUGCUUGA